GGACGUCUUGGAUUUGACUGAAGUAGACAGUUUUGUUGACAAUUUGUGUUUUAAACUGAGUCUACAACACAGGAUGACGUACUAUACUACUGUUGUAGCGAUUCAUGGAGGAGUAGAUAUGAUCAAUUCUGCCGCAACAUCUGAUGGAGUGUUGGUCGAUACAACCGAUCCUGUUGGCGGCAUAGUUCAAGAUGGUAGCAAUCCUGCUCAAGAUGUAAACAUUACUUCAGAUUCUAAUGUUGUAGCGGCUACAUGGAAUGGCUUCUCAGACCCUGAUUCAGGUAUUGCACGAUACAAAGUGGAAGUAAAAACACAAGGAAAAGAAGAAGCAUUCAGUAAGGUGGUAGGGAGCGACAGUCUACCAAGCAGUUCAGAUGGCUUCGAGUGGACACAUAUUCACUUUGAUGAUGGCGACCGCGUUCUUGUCAGCGUGACUGCUGUGAACGGAGCAGAACAACAAGUAACCAGACAGUCAGAUGGCUUUCUCGUCGACACGACGCCACCUCUACUCGUUUAUCUUCGUGACGGUCUUGACGCUAUAGAGGACGUUCAGUAUCAAACGAAUCGGUCACAGGCGAAUGCAAUAUGGGAGCUUGUCGAUGUUGAGUCGGGAGUUGAGUAUCAUGAGGUGUCACUGCUGCAACUUAAGAGUGGCUCAAGAAUGAGGGUCUGGCCUCCUGUCACACUCGAUGGUCCCAUUGCUGAAAGGCUUGCUGGAAACGCAACGUCAUGGACCAAGACUUCCUUAGAACUUGUUUCUGGUGGGAAAUACAUUGUUACAGUUACAGCAGUGAAUAAAGCUGGAUUGAUGGCCACUCAUGAGACCGACGGCUUUAUUGUUGAUGAUUUCCCUCCUCAAGUUCUCUCUGUAGACGUCCUGCCUUCGGGUCAGGAUGCCAGUGAUGUACUCGUUGACGACCGCGGAAACAUUGUCAUUUCGAGCACUGAUACUAUUCAAUGUCGUUGGUCAGGGUUCGACGACGAAACGAAGAUUGUGGAAUAUCUUCUUGAUGUUGUAGAAGAUCCGGGCAACGUGUCAGUGACGACAAACGGAAUGUUUGUGAGCAUGGGCUUGAGAACGACAGCAAUUGUUGACGGACUGAACCUGACCAUUGGAGAUUCAGUAUUCGGACCGUUCUACCGUGUUUAUGUGAAAGCAGUCGAUGCCUCGGGUAAUGUGUCUCCUGAAAUGAAAUCAAAGCGUAUUCGGGUCAGUGGUGGUGAUUCUGCUGGAACUGUGAGGGACGGUCCGGAUGCAAGCAGUGAUAUCGAGUUUCAGAGAGACACUACUUCAAUCACAGCCACGUUUGACGGUUUUAUAAGCGAGUCUUGUGAAGUAGAUCGCUAUGAGUGGGCAAUAGGUUACAGCGGAUCAGAAAUCGAGGCCCUGCAGCCAUUCACAACAAUUGGUCUCAUGGUGACAAACGAGGAAGCAAGUCAAAGCAGUCCUGGUGCCGGACGAGCUCAGGCGCUGCUCCCCAGCCUUGCAGAGACGACACGCGUGCUCUAUGUUACCGUUCGAGCUGUGACAAUGUGUAGCGUCGUAUUGGAAGCCACUUCCAAUGGAGUUAGAAUAGACACAACGCCAGCCGACAUUUCUUUCCUGCAUGUCGGAACGAGAGCUGCUGGCAACGUCGGCGCCGCUUUGCACCACAAUUUGGCAUCCGCACUUUCCGUCAGCUGGAAAAUAAGGGAGACAGAAAGCAGACAGAUGGGAGCAGCACAGUAUCGGCUUGGAACGUAUCCUGGGGGAGACGACCUGCAAGAGAGGACACUGACGGUUGAUGACUCCAUCGGUGACGGCACUGCCACUCGAUCGAGCGACGGUUUGCCACACUACUUCACAGUGAGCGUGUGGAACGAAGCAGGUUGGAAGAGUGAGACUACUAGCAAUGCAAUUGUUUAUGACACAUCGAGACCAACAGUCGGCACGGUGUCCUGUCCGUCUGCUGUUCUAUCAGCGAAUGAUACAGUCACGUGCUCUUGGUGGGGAUUCUGGGAUGCGGAAAGUGGUUUGGAUUAUGUUGAGUAUGCUGUUGGAUAUCACAGAGGCGACACGACUCUUCAGUCUUUUACUCGUUUACCCCACACUGCUUCUAGUGUGACCGUAAAGAAUCUCAAUUUUGAUAUCAACCGAGAGAUUUACGUUAGCUUAAAGGUAACAAACCUUGUCAGUCUAACUUCGAUGGGAUAUUCGAAUGCCAUUCAGGUUGACAGCACAGCUCCAUUACGCGGUUCUGUUCAAGUAUUGUCGGACGUCGGACGAAUCGACUUUAAUGGUAGUAACACAACGGAGCGACUGGCUGGAGGCUGUGUGACACUGACAGACUAUCUACACGUGAAGUGGUAUGGAUUUCGGGACGAUGAGUCGUCGAUUGUGAGGUAUGAGGUUGGUUUGGGUACAAGGAAGGGAACCGAUGAUGUCGUUGGGUUCACAUCUUUGUCUGCUAAUGCAAGCGAGUACGUUUUCAGAACACUGGAUUUGUCCGGGAUUGAUCAUAUUUACGUCACCGUCCGGGCUUUCAAUUUUCUUUGUCUCUAUUCUUCUGUGGUGAGUGAAAAGAUGCGUGUUGCACCCAGUCUACAACCAACAGACUCGUUUAUCAAUGAUGGCUCAAACCGUGGGAUAGACGCUGAGUAUGUGGAUUCGGUUUACAGAUUAACAGCCGUUUGGAGUUUCGGAGAUGUGUGUCCUGCGGUGAAUUCAGAAUGGAAGAUUGAAAGUAUUGAUCCAGGGUCAUCUCAGACGUACAGCUCACUCAAUCCGGACUCAUCAGGGUACUACCAAGGGUCAAACAAUCAGCUGUCGCUUGAAGAUGGAAAGACAUAUCGAGUUGUUGCUAAAUCAACUGAUGUUGCUGGUCGAGUGAGAGUACUAAAGAGCAAUGGAGUUAGUCUUAAUAUUAAGCCUCUUCGACCAGGCAUUGUGAGAGAUGGUUUAGUGGCAGGCAAAGACAUUGACUAUCAGAAGUCAGCACGUAGUAUCAGUGCAAACUGGGAUGUCUUUGGUGACAAGCCGGCCUCUCAGAGAAUCACGGAAUACGAAGUGAGUGUUGGUGUUGAUCGACGUUACCCUGCCACACGUUCUAAUAUCGUUCCCUUUAUGUCAGUGGGCAUGAACACCUCGUAUACGAUCAAUAACUUGGAAUUAACUGCUCGUACAGUUAGAUAUUACUUUACUGUGAGGGCACAUAGCGUUUCUGGGGCAACAGCUGAGGCAACAUCAGAUGGAGUAUACGUCGGAUACGUUGAGGGAAUAGCGGCUGGAACCAUAACUUUGAAUCAUUUUCAAUCGUCGACAACAGACAUUACAGCUCAUUGGACAGCGUUUGAAUCGGAAAAUCCUAUACAGAGAUACGACUUUGCUGUUGGAACUGCUAAACAUAAUAGAACGAUGCUUCUGUCAUUUUGUGAUGAUUCUGAUCGUGCCUAUAGCUCUCAGUUUGAUGUUGCUGGGUUUCAAAGUGUCAGUAUUGAUACAGGUGUGACUCUAAGUGGUAUUAGUCUGCAACAUGGAUUAGAAUAUUUUGUCACUGUUCGAGCAGUGGAUCGUGCUGGUCAUUGUGUAUCUUCUGUGUCUGACCGUGGUGUUAUCAUAGACACUACUGUUCCUCAGAGGGGCUACCUGCUUGCAGGGUUUGAUGCAGAAAUGGUUAAUCCACAAUCAAUUGAUGACAGUUAUUUAGAGUUCAGCACAGAUUCGAGUCACAUAACAGUCACUUGGUGGAAUUUUACUGAUAACGAAAGUGGCAUCGAGUCAUACACAAUAGGACUUUAUCAAAGGAUCGAUUGUGGGAAUAGCUCAUCAAGGCAGUCUCUGACAGAUUUUGAAAGAGCCUCGAAAGUUGUUGAAAAUAUUGUGUUGUCUGGGGGUGUAGAACUACGUCAGAGCCACACAUUCUCAGGCUUAAACCUGUCUUCCACUGUGGCAUAUUCUAUUCACAUGGAAGUAAGAAACGAAGCUGGGUUAAAAACAGUUGUUGAGAGCCAACCUGUAGUGAUUGACACGGGCGAUCCAGUUGGUGGUGACGUCAAGGAUGGUGGUGAUUGGUCAAGUGAUCGUGUAUAUCAGAGCCGAACGGAUCGUAUGGAAGGAGUUAUCACACACAGUCUGGUGAAGCCGAUGUACGAUGGCGAUAGCGAGGUCUCUGAAAACCCAUGUCCUUUGUCGAGGCAUUACAGGCUCAACGGCUCAGACAAUGAAUGGUCCAAGUUGGUGCAAUCAGGUCUAUUGGGCAUUCCAUCACCGAUGAAACAGAACUUGGAAUAUCGAGCUAGUCAAGUGCAAAGCGGACCGUUAGGAACUAACAUCACACUCAUAGUGGACACGGGUAGUCGAACGCUCUUAAGUGGAGCCUACUCUGCCACAAUAGAUGCUUCCUUGUCGGGUACCAGCGUAAGUUUUUCGCUCCGAGCUGCACGAGGGACGCAAGGCUUGGCGAGUUAUGCCAUCACAUCUGCUGUGUUUUGGAACGGACCGGUAAACUCCGUCGGCGAUUUUGCUCUCAACACGUCGUCGACUGCUUAUACGGCGGUGGGCAUGCAACUGCGACCAGCUUACAGUAUCUCAUCCACGACGACGGUUCCUGCUCAAUUGAUCCUCUGGUCACGUUUUGCCAACGAUUCGGCCGACGUUCAGACCAUAACACUUGACCAGACAUCCGAUCUAACAUCAAGUUUUAACGAGUACUCGUUUCUAUUUGAACACUCACAGACGGAAUCAUCGAUUGUCGAGCAUUCUGUUGUCGUCAAAUUGAAUGGCGCACGCAUCGCCGUCAUGCACGGCAUCCCAUUUUUGUCGUUCGAUACGAGACUCAUUUUUCAUGCGUGGAAUCGUGAUGGUAAAGUGCCACCCGUGGAUAAGGUUUUCGAUCCUCCCAUCGCCGUGAUGUACGUACGAGACGUAAAAGUGUCGAGAAAGGUAAACGGUCCGUGUGCUCACGGGUCGCCAUUCUAUGACUGGACUGCACCUUUUGUCGAGUUUCAAGCCGCUGUCGGUUCGCGUCCUCUACUGAACGACGUCGUCGAGUUCAGAUCUAUUUCUCGUCCGUGUCGAGCUUGUGUGGAUGGUCCUUGCGGCCAUCACGGAUGUGAAAGAAACUGUUCACGCGUUGGACCUCGAGAAAUCUCGUUCAGCUUGGACAAUCUUACCCUGUGGCCUUACAGUAACCGGUCGGUAAUCAUAGGCAUCGUGGAUCCCACUCUCCCUCCAAUCGACACUUCAUACAAUCAACCUGCAACUUAUUUUUUGACCGUCAAAGCGAUUGCUGCGUCGGGACGUGCUGUGAUUGUCUCCUCUAAUGGCGUUGUUAUCGACGUCACGCGUCCACUGCUCGUCUCUAUCGAUCACAUCGACACGGCAUGGAAGGCCAACGAGCCGGCCACCUAUCAGAAAAGCAACAGCACUAUCGCAGCUCGAUGGAAGUUCCACGAUCCGGAGAGUUUUAUUAGCGAGUAUCGCUGGGCUAUUGGUGGCUCUUACGCUUCUAGUGAUAUCCAGUCGUUUCGGUCUGUCGGUUUGAAAACAUUUGCUGCUAACUCUUCACUGGAAGGUAUUAUUCAAGACAACAUGACGUACUAUGCGUCUGUGAUCGCCAUCAAUGGAGCCGGUCUGAGUACUGUAGCACACAGUGUCGGUGUCACAUACGUAGCUCGACCGCUCAACGACACUCUCGUGAGACAGUCGGUCGACUAUCUUUUCUCGGAGUCUCUAGUGGAGAACGAGAAUGUGACAGUGAGGGUAGACAUUGUGAGAUCGAGAUUUACAGAGACGCUUGGCAUCUCGUGGAGUGUCCUAUCCGGUCAAGUCGACACAAUAUAUUGGAUCAUCGGCACACGUGAAGGUAUGGACGACAUAUUGCCCGAGAUCGAGGUCAACUUUGCUGGCGGUAGCGACGCCAUAAUCGACACCGACUCUCUCAUUCUUGCCGGAAGAGCCGUUGGCGACGUAUCGGAGCUGAUCGCGCGAGCAAAGGGAGAGGAUCCCGAUGCGGAGAAUUCGUUUCGAUUGGAACCCGGACGAGUAUCAUACCACACUGUUAGAGUCUGUGAUCUCUCUCAUCAAUGCGUUGACGUUGUGCUUCCUUCUAUUGCAGUCAUCCGCGAUCAAGACGCGCUGGUAACUUCCGUGAAUGGAGAGGACCUUGCUGCUAGUCUAAAGAAUUAUGGCGCAAACUCUACAAUAACGAACGUAACUCGAGUAGUAGACGAACAUUAUCAAAUAGAAGCUGAAACGAGUCGAGGAAUGGAAGAGGGUGGAUCCCUGGCGAUGGGAUUCUUGUCGUUCGAUGAUCUCACUGUGCGGUACUCGCCGGAAGUACCGUUUGUUAGUAACCCGUAUGUCACCAUGUUGGAGACUGCAAGGCAUCUUGCUGGCAGGUUCACUCAACUGUCGGGUCCGAGUUUCUACGUUACGGUUGUAGGUCAAGACGAGCUGCAAGGACCUCUGAAGUUGAACGUCUCGUUUAGCACCGAACUUGAAUGGAAUGGUGCUUAUCCUGAGCUGCUAUAUUGGGACUACAACUCGAAUCGUUGGAUUGAGGUUUCCGCCUCUUGUGGUAUCGAGAAUUCGGUGAAUUACGAUGAGGGCUAUCUUAUAGCUUACAUGUGUUCAAGGACCCCUAUCGGCAGUGUUUAUGCUAGAAGCAGAAGACGACGCGCUGAUGACAACUCGACGUCGUUUCCUUCAACGAAUGCGACGUCUUUUCUAAGUAGGGAAACUCAGUUCGCAGUUGCUCGCAUUCUUAACUACACGGUCAACACAAAGCCCAAUCUAAUACUACCGGCCGGCGGUAUAACAGUUAGGGAAGGUGUCGGCACGGGUACCCUCCCUUACUCUCUGUCCUAUACCGAUUUGGAGAAAGACAAGGUGGAGUUCUCUCUGACGUCACUGCCGCGUCUCGGUAAAGCGUCCAUAACUGCUGAUGGACAUAUAACUUACACUCCUUGUGCCGACUGCAUCGGUACCGAUACAGUUGGCGUGCAAAUAACGGAAAUCCCAUUUGGUGACAACUCGGCACUCAGUGACGGUGGCGUUUUGACGGUUACCAUAUCCAACGUUAACGACGCUCCGAGCGUGUUUUUCUUCGGUGACGGCCGCGUCGUCGACUCGAGUACGUCGGUCACGAGCUACGUGGAAGCGAAUCGCACUGGCGGUUUUCUCGCGGCUCGCAUUGGCGCAUACGACUUCGACGGCAUACACGAUGACUUGAAGAUUUCCUUGGAUGAACCGAGAUAUGGUUCAGUGAACGCAAGCGUAUGGCUAGACGCUGUGGGACCGUCACAAGCGUUUCCUGUCGAUUGGCAUGCGGCUAAUCUUUCGGCUGGAUAUUUUAUUGGAGACCUAACGUUUAUUGCCGCUAAUUUAUUGUAUAAACCAGACAACCAACAUUUCACUGGUGACGACGAGUUCAGAGUUUCCGUGGAAGACGGCGGUGGUCUCUUUUCUGCUAUUCUUGUCGUGAAAGUAACCGUUUUGCCGAAUCUGUGCCAGAAUGAUGGUCUGUGUGGUGGCAGCGCGAGUGAUCCUAACUGUACCGAUAAUAAUGCCCGCUUGACUUCAUUUGAUGGCUACACGUGCGAGUGCCUUCCCGGAUUUAACGGUUCUCUCUGCGAAAUCGAAAUCAAUCCGGAUCCGGGACCUGUUCUAGGAUUGUGUCCCGAUGAUGUACCGAUUGUAUACUGCGACAAGAAUCCGUGCGACGAUGCUCACUGUCCGUCACAUCGGAAUGCCGUUUGCAGACCGAACUAUUGCGGUAGUUGUACGGCCGAGUGGUUUGUAGGGACGACGCAAGUUAAGUGUUCAGCCAGUGGUACCGGCGUUUGUGACCGUCCAGUCAAUUCUUCCGUAAUUGGUUUUUGCUUUAACGUGGAUUGUCCUUGUCCACGGGAAGAGAUAGAGUGUCCUGCUGACAGUGUGUAUUUCCAGCGACGGACGUCCGACUGUUGUGUUGAAUGGGAGUGUAAGUGUCCGUCGUUUAGCUGUCCAUACAGCAUGUCUUGUGGAGAUGGCAUCCAACCGAAUGCCGUCGUACGCGGUCACGGCUCGCCAGGAUGGUGCUGUCCCAAUUUCGAGUAUGAAGAUGUAGACGAGUGUUUGUUGAAUACCGACGGAUGCUCGCGCGGUUGUCAGAACACGCCGUAUUCGUAUUAUUGCACGUGUCCGGAUGGUAUGUCACUUGCUGAAGACAAGAUGUCUUGCGGAGUGUGUAAAUACGAUGGUAGAGAGUACAAACACGAUGACAGGGCGCCGUUUGAAGGGGAAAGUUACUGGUGUACCUGUGGCGAAGAUGCGAGCAGUUUGGAGAGAUGGCACUGCCUUCCGGCUCCUGACACGGCCGGUUGUUUUUACAAUGGGUUGGAGUAUACGGUAAUGCAAACGGUCGAGGACUAUGGUGUAGUCUGGACUUGCAAGGAAACAGACUUUGGUAUCGAGUGGAAGUCAAAAAGUGACGGUCGCUAAAGUUUGCUUUGCAAGUGCUUGAUUGAAGUGUGGCUAUUUUUACGUAUGUAUUGUCCUCAUGUUUUUUGAUGGCGUUUUUGUGAGAUGACUGUUCGGGUAUGUUACCAAGAGGCUAGGAAAUUUCUGCCGCUUUGCUGUUCUCGCGCGUGCAUUGCUGUCUAGAAGCAAUUGGACAUCUAAACAGAAAAGAGAAGCAAUUUUUUAGUGUGUACGUGUACGUUACAUACGUAACAGGGACGGUACCGUCUAAGUCUACACAUUUACACGGUCCAGUGUAGCGCGCGUUAAAUCACGUGACUUUUAAAAAUUUAACUAACACUAAAACUUUAGACACACUUCUGUUUAUAUGCGUAAGCUA